UUGACUUCUGCUGAUAUGCUUAUCUAAAGUGUCUUAACUAGUUCACGCAGACGUUUUCAACGUAACUAUGUUUAAAACGGCAUUUCUUUCAGUUAUCCUAUGGUUACUUCUGAGCGUCAAGGAUGUAUGGGUCUUGCAGUGUUUCAACUGCUCGAACAUCAGCGACCCAAGCGUCUGCAAAACUACAAUUAUGUGUAACUCUGACGAAGCAUGUUACCAAGACUCAGUUACUUCAGGACAGACUGUAACAAUCAAUCUCGGAUGUAUACAUAUUGCGCAAUGUGGUGUGACAACAAAGGGUCCCGGAACUCUGAUUGGUCGAGAUAUCACCAAGCGACAAAAUAAUGAGUGUCACGAAUGUUGUUCUACGGACCGUUGCAACGAACUCUUAUGCGCCCGGCGAAAUCGACCAUCCAUCACUCAGGCACCAUGUGAAGAUACAUCAGUGAACUGCCAUAAGUACGGAGCGGAUAUUUGUACAUCAGCGGUAUACAGUACCUGGGCAGAAUAUCAUUGUGCUAGGUUUUGUAAAUUUUGCAAUACAUCCAAAGAACCAUCCACUACUCAGGCACCAUGUGAAGAUACAAUAGUGAACUGCCAUAGAUAUGGAGCGGGUAUUUGUACAUCUGCGGUAUACAGUACCUGGGCAGAAUAUCAUUGCGCUAGGUUUUGUAAAUUUUGCAAUACAUCCAAAGAUGAUCCACCCUCGGCUGUUUCGUCAACUGCUCCUUACAGACGUGCCAAAAAUUAACUGUAUUCUAUUGAAUUUCCAUGAUGGUAAUCGUACAUGAUUUACAUAAACAAAUGAGAAAUACAAGUAUCUUAGUUACAAAUUGACAUUGACAUAUAUAAGGCCAAGACAAUGUGUUUUAUGUCUAAACAUUUUACUAAAUCAAUGUUGCAGUAUGUG